CUCUUCUCACUUAGCUCACUAGCAGCCAUGGCCAAUAAACCAGAUCCUCUACUUAGUAUCGAUGAACUGGAGAAGAAAAUCAAUGCGUUGGGAAGAAUUAUUAACAAUCCUAGUAUCUUGGUCGGGAAAGUUGUCGAUGACGCUAGGAUCAGACGUCAAGCUUUUCAAGCGCUCAGAGAUGAAAAAAUUAAACAGAGAGAUAAUGAAAUUGAACAGAGAAAUAAUGAAAUUGAAGAGGAUCGAAGAAAGAAGUUAGCUCAUAAUAGAGGAGAAGAAUACUUGGAUGGUAGAAGAGUGAAUUUACAACCAACAGACCAUGAUGAUGUGUUUAAAGAUCAAGUUAGAAAUGACUGUUUACUUACAAAGAUGGUGGUUGAUGAGAGAUCUGUGAUUGGGGGUCCGAAAAGUGUUUUGGUCAAGGAUGAAGAUGGAUCAAUGACUCGGUACAGGAGGUGGAAUCCCUAUACCUGCAUGCUUGCUGCGGCGAUUCUAAAUGGCGUCGAAUACUUUGGGAUUACUAAAGGAGCUACGGUUUUGUAUCUUGGUGUGCCAGCUUCGGCAAUUACGGUUUCGCAUGUAUCCGACAUCGUCGGACGAGAUGGCAAAGUAUAUGCUGUUGUGUACCUACACAACAGCAGAGGAUCUAAAUUUGAUAUGGCAAGGAUGCAAGCCUUCAAUGACAUGGCAAUGAUACGGGAGAACAUUGUACCUAUCAUUGCAGAUGCGGCUGAUCCCACCCAGUAUAGAAUUUUUGUGGAUCGCCAAGUUGAUGUCAUCAUCUCUGAUGACCAACGAGCUGACCAGUCUACAAUACUAUCUCUGAAUGCAAAGUGUUACCUGAAAAGAAAAGGAAACUUUGCAAUGUUCAUAAAGCCGGUCGUCAUGUCGGUGGUCAUGCCUGAUUUGGAUUCUGAAGAAGAUGUAUAUGCACAUGAAUUGAAGAUGUUGCAGAGGUUAGAACUCACACCAUCGGCGGGGGUUCGUCUUGAUCCGUACCAGAAGUGCCGUGCUUGUGUGAUAGGACGCCGCAAAUAUAAGGAAGAAGAAAAGAAGAUGAAGAUGAAGAAGACACUUGAUCAUGUUCUACAAUCUUAGUCUUCAUCAUGUUCAAUCAAAUGCUUGUGUAUUAUGCUAACUUUGUCUUGAUACUAGGCUAGACUUUUUGAUGGAGAAGUACCCUCUUUCUUUUGUUUUCCAUUGUGCAUAUCCUACUGCUCAUGGAAUAGACUGGUGGUGUGUUUACAUGUUUUAAAACAAGAAGAUGUUUUUAGAAGUUCGGCAAUAUGCGUGCAUUGAAUCAUGA